CACAGAUUUGGAAAGUUGUGGAAUUCCAAGACCGGAGUGCAGCAGUUGUGCCGUCCAGCUGGGUGGUAGAUGUUGACAGAGAAGUGGGAUGCUACUGGCCAACCUUUGGCGGAAACAAAGCUGUGAAGGCCGCCAUGAACUGCACCCCCCCGGGACAAGGAUGGCGAUUCCAUCAAAAAAUAAGGGUGCUGGCAACCUGUGGCACCUUUGCCAAAGCAAGACGUUACCUGACCCGAUCGCUUGAGGAAGGCUGCCUUACAGCAGACCUGCAAUCGGAUGAUGGUGAGAUGGGGCCAAGGAAAAGACGACCAAACAAAAGGUAUUUGGAGGAGGACAGCGAGGAGGAGGCAGGACCAAGCCGUAGGGGGAGGAGGCCACCAUCUAUUGACGCCACUCAGCUGGACAGCGAGUGGCAAUUCCCCUCCCUUAAUGAAGACACCCAGCCAGGCCUGUUUCUUCACAGCCAGCCAUUAACUCGUGAUUCACCAUCGUCAGAAACCCCGCCAGGCCCUUUCCUUCACAGCCAGCCACUAACCCAUGAUUCACCCCAGCCACGUCACCGCUUCCAUGCCACACCUCUGCCAUCGCAACAGGGGAACAAUCAGUUGUUGCAUGAUUCACCGUCUUCAGAAACCCUGCCAGGCCCUUUCCUUCACAGCCAGCCACUAACCCAUGACAUGGGCAUCAGCACAGUCAUCGCUCUCCUUGGCCAGCUGAGGGAGGAAAACAGGGAGCUGAAGGGGGAAGUAGGAAGGCUGGCGCAAGAGGUCAGGGCCCUAAGGAGAGAGAUGGGGAGACAAGACACACCCCAGACAUUGCCCCUAAUCAAGCUCCCACUCUCCACCAUGGAGGAGUUUUUGGCAGCAGAGGCCCUGGUGAAGGAAGAUGCCAAACAAAAGCAGCUAAUGGUGUCUACCUUAGCCCUUUGUGGAGGAACCGACGUAGGGGUCACAGUGAGGCGGAUGCUGCGUAGCCUCCUGGUCAACAGCUUGGCCAGCCAAUUUAACUGGGCUGGAAAGGGGGAAAAAACUGCGUUUAAGGACACCAAGAUCCAUGAUGUCCUGUUUGAUGCUCUACAAAAGCAGCUUCCAGGGAGCACACACGCUACUUUUAGUGACGCAAUCAAGAUGUGGCUUAACUCAUUCACUUCAUGA